AUGCUCUUUGCUGUGCCGAAAAAGGGCCGCCUGUACGACCACUGCCUGGGCCUGCUCAACAACAUUGGCAUCGAGUUCAACCGCAAGCCGCGCCACGACAUUGCUCUGGUCUCAAACCUCCCAAUUGCGCUGGUGUUCCUGCCGGCCGCCGAUAUCGCCACAUACGUGGCCAAGGGCAACAUCGACAUUGGAAUCACAGGCCUGGACAUUAUCCGCGAGUCACAGACCGAGGAGGACGUGACCGAGCUGAUGCGCCUUGGAUUUGGCAAAUGCAAGCUGCAGGUGCAGGCGCCGGUAGCCAGCGCGGCAGCCUCAGCCCAGGACCUCGUCGGCAAGCGGAUCGUGACCAGCUUCAUCAACCUGACGCGGAAGCGGUUUGCUGAGCUGGAAGGUGUCAGCGAGGACGAGAUGAGGACGCAGGUGCGGUUUGUGUCGGGCAGUGUCGAGGCUGCAUGUGGACUUGGCCUGGCCGACGGCAUCGUCGAUCUGGUUGAGUCUGGCGACACCAUGCGCGCCGCGGGCCUGCACGCCAUCGACACGAUCCUGGAUACCGAGUCGGUUCUGAUCACCAACAAGCACAUGCGCUUCCCCGACAUGGCCCAGAUCAUCCGCCAGCGUGUCGAGGGCGUGAUGACCGCCCGCCGGUUUGUGCUGUGCCAGUACAACAUUGCCCGCGAGGGGCUCGAGAGGGCCUGCGCGAUUACGCCAGGCCGCCAGGCGCCCACCGUCACGUCGUUGGAGCAGCCCGGGUGGGUUGCCGUCAGCGUCAUGGUCGAGAAGAAGCAGCUGGCCGACAAGAUGGACCAGCUCAAGCUGGCUGGUGCCACCGACAUUUUAGUCCUUCAGAUUGCCAACGCCCGUGCAUGA